AUGCACAUCAGAUCCCGUUGGGAUGAUGUGAGGGCGUCAAGGGGCUCGCUGCUGAAGCGCGAUGAAGUGGAGCUCAACGAACUUUGGGACCUGUGGAGCGAGCAAAGAUGGAAGAAGCAAAAGGUUGUGAUGAUUCAUAGGUCGGGUGACAUGGUCGAACCUGCUUUGCCCAUGAAUAAGCAAUCACGACUCACGACCACGAGUGGCCCGGGCCGCAGCAAGCCUCACCUCAUGUGGUCGGCCGCAUCAACACGUCCUUUGCCUGCACAACAGCACAUCCUGUCAUUCGCAUUCCGUAA